AUGGGCCCUAGAGUCAAAAGGCGCCGAUUGACCGACCCGGAAGAUCUAAGCGAUGAUAUAUGCCAGUCUGCAACUCGGUUGGAAAAAGAUAGCUGGAAUGGAUUUUGCGAGAUUGAAUCAGAGCCCGCUUUGUUCAAUGUUAUGCUACGGGAGUUUGGGGUCAAGGGGGUCAAAAUUCAGGAAGUCGUUUCUCUUGACGAAGAAAUGAUGGCCUUCCUCAACAAUCCUGUUUAUGGCUUGAUUUUUCUCUUCCGCUGGCGUGAAGAUAAUGAUGGAAAACAGGAAGCGACUUGCCCUGAGGGGCUAUGGUUCGCAAAUCAGACCGCCAACAAUGCUUGUGCCAGCGUGGCACUGCUAAACAUCGUCAACAAUAUCCCAGGCAUUGAUCUAGGAGAAAAUCUACGAUCUUUUAAAGACUUCACCAUGCCUUUCACCCCAGCCUUGCGUGGGGAUGCAAUCAAUAACUUCGAGUUUGUUAAAAGGAUACAUAACUCAUUUGCGCGGAAAAUGGACAUUCUCAAUUCAGACCUGCAGCUCAAGAGUGAAGCAACGGUCCGAAAAAAAGGCUCCAAGGGCCAGGCCGAUGAUGACUCAAAUUCUACUUUCCAUUUCAUUGCAUUUAUGCCCGUAAUGGGCCAAUUGUGGAAGUUUGAUGGGCUAGAGCGACAGCCACGGACGCUUGGGGAAUGUUCUGAAGAUAACUGGCUGGAAUGGGUCAAGCCAAAUCUUCUGGAUCGAAUGGCUGCAUACGAAGAAGAAGAAAUUGAAUUCUCCAUUCUGGGACUCGUGCGCGACCCUCUACCUGAUCUUGUUAACGAUCUGGCCAUCAGUGUGAGAAAUCUGGAAAUCCUCAACCAACGGGCCAUCCAGUCCACCAAUCUUUUGUUGAAUGAAACCAUACUUGGUCCUGAGCCAUCCCUCUGCUUAACGCGUGAAGAGAUCGAUGCGGUGGUGAUUCCCCAGGAAACCCUUGAUGAAUACCAGACAUGUUCAGAGACCAAGGUUCAGGAGUAUCAGCAGACAAUAAGUAAUGGUCAGCGAGAACUUCGAUCACGCAUCCGUGAAGAGCAGCAGUCCCAUCGGUCGGAUGACGAGUACGCAGCUGGACGGCGAUUUGACUACGGGCCCGCGGUGCGAACGUGGCUGCGACGAUUGGCGCAGAAGCAGCAGCUGCAGGAGUUGUCUCUCGUGGCCUACUGA